UGUCUGAGAGGAUGUGAGGACUUGGAAGAAUGUGGGCAGAGGCACAAUUACUGGAUUUUAAAUAAAGUUGAAUUGUUUCAAAAAUUUAAGUUUUUUUUUAUUUUGAUUUCUAAAAAUUGUUGGAAUUUUGUUGUCUCAUUAAAAUACUGCCCAAUAAAUAUUUGAAUAAAAAUAUUUUUGGUUUUUUUUUGUUCUGAAGUUUUUCUAGAAUUUUUGAUUUAUUUGAUCGUUAGGAACUAGUAUCAGUUUACACUCUAAUCUCUAUUCUGAAAAAUUCAAUUCCUUUCCCUAAUUUUGAAUGCUUGAUUUAAUUCUAAAUAUUUUUUUCAAUCUUGUUUUAGAGUUAGAAUUUAUUUUCUUCAUUUUGUCCUUUCAAAGAAGAUGAAUUCUUUUGUUCUAAUUUUAUUUUUGAUGCUUCUAAACAUUGAAAUUUCACAUUCUAAAGCUUUAACACCUGAAAAGACAGACUUAAAACAAAAAGAAGAAAAAUUGGAAAUUGACCAAAAGGAUUAUGAAACAAUUGACAUUGAUACAGAACCAAUAACUGAAAAUUUUGGUGUAAUUGCUUAUGAAGAAUUUCCUUUUCCAACAGACAAUCUCUUCAUUUCUUUUAAAAAUUUAAAAAUUAAUUACACAAUUAUAUUGCCUACACCAAAUGGAAUAUGCCCUUUAAAGACCAAAAUGUUUGUUUUUGUUCCGAGUAGAGCUGAUGGAUUUUAUACACGGCAUAUGAUUAGAAAUUCUUGGGGAGCGAAUUUGGCAGAGAGGAGGUAUUUUUAA